AAAAAUCUGAAAAAGUGUCAGUACACAACAAAGAUGGCGACUGAUCGUCGAAGUGGAGGAAUUGAACGUGUUCUGUCGAAGUGUCAAUCUUGUGUGGAAGCUGGAAACUACUAUGAAGCACAUCAGAUGUAUAGAACAUUGUAUUUCAGAUAUAAAGGACAAAAAAAGUACAAAGAAGCUGCAAGCCUACUAUAUCACGGGGCUUUAACACUGAUGAAACAUGACCAGACAUCCAGUUUUACAGAUUUGUCCUUUUUACUGAUAGAGCUCCUCAAUCAGUCAGAAACUCCUGUAUCAGAGGACAUGAUAGAAAAAAUAGUAACCUUGUUCAGAGGAAUGGAUCCGCAUAGUGAAGAGAGGCAGAAUUUUGUGGUGGCCGCUGUGCGAUGGACCAUGAAGGUCAACUCACAACACAAGCGGGGUCAUCCUGAUCUCCAUCAGAAGCUUGGACUGUCCUUCUGGGAUGAAAAGAAUUAUGUUCAAGCAAGGUAUCAUCUCAUACAUUCACAUGAUGGAAAGAAUUGUGCCCUUAUGUUAAUAGAGUGCCAUAUAAAAGGUGGUUACCCAAGUGAAGUAGACUUGUUCAUAGCACAGGCAGUUCUGCAAUAUUUAUGUUUGAAAAACAAAGACACAGCACAGGUUGCCUUUGUUAAAUACACAGAAGAUCACCCUGAAGUACAGAGUGGUCCCCCUUAUGUUCACCCUCUCCUUAACUUUCUAUGGUUCUUACUGCUAGCUGUAGAAGGGGGAAGAGUUGCUGUGUUCUCUAUUUUAUGUGAAAAAUAUCAAGUAUCAAUAAACAGAGAUCCCUCAUAUAGAGAGUAUCUAGACCAAAUAGGACAGCUAUUUUUUGGAUUACCACCUCCUCCUAAACAGUCUCAGGGCCUCUUUGGAAAUAUACUACAAAGCAUUAUGGGAGAUGAUGCUGAUGAUGACUCUCUGCAGCAAUCGACGUCGGCUGGCCCCGCCCAUCAGUCCACUACCAGCCAAAGUACUUCUUUAUCCCCAGUGGAGCUGGAUUAAAGAAACUCAGACUUUCUACCAGAUUCUCGGUUAUUUAGAAGCAAUGUGUAUUACAUUUGAAUAUUUAUU